AUGGAGAAGUUUGGUUCAGAUGAAGGAAACGUCAAGUCCACCUUUGUCGAGGAUAAAAUCAGCGAGCUACGCAGAUACAUUGUGGAAAUGAUGCACGCCGAGAUGGCACUCAUGGAAAGCAUUAAGCAGAAUGAGCGUAAUGUAGCAGCUGCAAACGCCCAAAUUAAACACUUCAAGGAGUUGAUUGCUCAAGAACGUCAUCGCUACAAAACGCUAAGGCUGGAGCUGGAAGGAAACGUCAACGAGCUUAGCAGUCUCGAAGAGAAACAAAUAGACGCUGUUACUCAACGCGAGAGCGAGGUGCAAGUGCUUCGCGCACGAUUUCAACAUCAGCGCACCGCUAUGCUUAGCUUGAGAUGUCAGAUUCUAAAUGCUACUACUCAAUUAGAGACGCUAUCGUCAAUGACUGAUUCGAUGGAGAAGGAGACACACAACAUUGCUGUCGCCAUGGAAAAGUGUAAGGAUCUGACACCACAGCGUACCGCUCGUCGUAAGAUUCAUGCCAAGACCAUACAUACCCGACAGUUCAUCGCGCAAAUGGAGCAUGAAGUCAGCCAGCUUGUCAAAAAGAAGACAGAGACUGAAGCCGAACUUCUUCAGUGCGAGCAGAAGGCACACAAGCUGCAUGAACUCGUGUCUACCAAAGAACAGGAAUCCGGGGUAUUGUUUGCUCGUCUUCGUAAAGACACGCUACGUAUUAUUCGAGAGAACGGUAAGGCUGAAGGCAAGUUGAAAGCUAAGCGCAAAAAAUUCCGUCUCAAGUUUAAGAACGAGAUAAGUUCGCUCAAGCGCAGGAUCUCUUUUAUCACUUCAGAGCUCGAAAAAAGUCAGAUGACGAACGAAGACGCCUUGUCAAAUAUAGGUGCUUUGAGCACCAAGCGUGAAGAGCUGGAAAAAGGCGCGCGUGAGGAGCGAGUCGCGGGUGUAGAGAGCGCCAUUGCUGAACUAUCUACAGCAGUCAGCACCGUUGGUAAAGUCAAAGAAAGGUUUGACAUGUCAUUGCUUCAAAAAGAGCUAGCUGCAAAGCAAUCCGAUGCUAAUCGUGCUCAACAAAAGCUGCAGGCGACACAGAAUCUGCUCAAGGUGUCGGAGGACGACCACGCCCAACUGAAUGAAACUCUGGAGGACAUUGGUGCCCAGAUUGUAGGGGCAAAGGAUGCUGCUGAGGCGUUGGACGUCGAAAUUGCUGCUUUGGUGAAAGACAUCAAAGAGCACGAAGCAAGAAGUGAAGUGUUAAGUACAUCUGUGAUUGGUAAACAGAAGGAAAAUGAUGACCUGCAAGCCCAGUUUCAAGAGUGCCAACGCCAGAACAAGAGCAUUGCCAUGAUGCAAGCAAAGCUUUCCUGCCAAAAGGCCUCACUGCUUGAACAAAAAGAAGAAAUGACUUCGAAACUCCGUAAAACUGAAGACAUAAGCAAAGUCUUAGCUGAAGGCAUCGAGCAUGGAACAGUAUACGCGCAACAGCUUUGCGAACAUAAAGCGCCGGGUGAAGAAAACACCCAAAAGCGCAUCGAAUUUGAACUUCGUCGUCAAGAGCUGAUCUUGCAACAGCAGUGCGCGCAAGGAGAGAGAGAUCUUCAAGCAGAGGUCAUUGCUUGGAAUAACAAGAUCGAACGUGUGGAGCAAGAACUUUGUAGAAUCCAAAAAGCGCAGAAUUGA